AUGGAGGAAGACUCGGGGAAGGGGGCUAGGAAAGAAGCGGGGGGGAAGGGGAGUGGGAAAGAUUCGGGGAAGGGAACCGGGAGGGAUCGGGGAAGGGGACAGGAGAGACUCGGGGAGGGAGCAGGAGGACUCGGGGAAGGGGAGCAGGAAGAACUAGGGGAAGGGGACCAGGAGGAACUCGGGGAAGGGGAGAAGGAGAGACUCGGGGAAGGGGAGCAGGAGAGACUCGGGGAAGGGGAGAAGGAGAGACUCGGGGAAGGGGGCUGGAAAGAAUCGGGGAAGGAGAGCAGGAGAGACUCGGGAAGGGGAGCAGGAGUGACUAGGGGAAGGUGGCAGGACAGACUCGGGGAAGGGGAGCAGGAGAGACUCGGGGAAAGGAGCAGGAGAGACUCGGGGAAGGGAGCAAGAGAGACUAGGGGAAGGUGGCAGGACAGACUCGGGGAAGGGGAGCAGGAGAGACUCGGGGAAAGGAGCAGGAGAAACUCGGGGAAGGGAGCAAGAGAGACUAGGGGAAGGUGGCAGGACAGACUCGGGGAAGGGGAGCAGGAGAGACUAGGGGAAGGGUGCAGGAGAGACUCGGGGAAGGGGAGCAGGAGAGGGGAAGGUGGCAGGACAUACUCGGAAGGGACAGAGACUCGGGAAGGUGGAGAGAGACUCGGGGAAGGGGAGCAGGAGAGACUAGGUGAAGGUGGCAGGACAGACUCGGGGAAGGGGAGCAGGAGAGACUCGGUGAAGGGAGCAAGAGAGACGGGGAAGGGGAGAAGGAGAGGCUCGGGGAAGGGGGCUGGAAAGAAUCGGGGAAGGGGACCAGGAGGAACUCGGGAAGGGGAGGGGAGCAGGAGAGACUCGGGGAAGGGGAGAAGGAGAGACUCGGGGAAGGGGGCUGGAAAGAAUCGGGGAAGGGGAGCAGGAGAACUCGGGGAAGGGGAGCAGGAGAGACUAGGGGAAGGUGGCAGGGCAGACUCGGGGAAGGGGAGAAGGAGAGACUCGGGGAAGGGAGCAAGAGAGACUCGGGGAAGGGAGCAAAAGAGACUCGGGGAAGGGAGCUGGAAACAAUCGGGGAAGGGGAGUAGGAGGGAUUCGGGGAAGGGGAGCAGGAGGGAAUCGGGGAAGGGGAGCAGGAGGAACUCGGGGAAGGGGAGUAGGAGAGACUCAGGGAAGGGGAGCAGGAGAGACUCGGGAAAGGGGAGCAGGAGAGACUUAUGGAAGGGGAGCAGGAGAGACUCGGAGAAGGGGCAGCAGGAGAUACUCGGGCAAGGGCAGCAGGAGAGACUCAGGGAUGGGGAGUAG